AUGCCAAAAGAUUUUGUUUUGCCUCUGCGUACUGUUAAUUUUCCUCAGAUAUGCCAAAAAAUUAUUGUUAUUUCUGGAACUCUUGUUGAGAAUCUUGAGACAACUGGUUAUAGUAGAAGAUUCCUUUUGGUUGGUAAGGAUAUCAUGGUUUUGAACAUAUCGAGACUGCAUAUAUUGCAAACAUUUCUGAUUUGCCUGCUGUUUGACAGGGGGAAUGCAAAAUCAGUGAAAUUCUCUCGCUCUCGCUCUCUCCAUGUAUGUAUCUCUCUUGAUUCUCUCGAUUUCUCAGUGAAGAGGAGACUAACCCAGGAUAGCAGAAAGCCCCAUUUCGGUUGUGGUUCUCAAUUAGUCAGGAGAAUAGCCUGUUUGUGGAACUUCAAGAAGUGUUGCUUUAUGACAGAUAGUGUGGUGUUCUUGGGGUAUGUAGCCAGUGCUACGGGAAUUUCAAUGGAUGUUGAGAAUUUAGGAGUUGCCUACACCAUGGAUAGUUAGUGAGCUUUACAACUUUCAUGGCCUUGCAACCUCUAAUCGAAGGUUUGUGAGGAAUUUCAACGCUAUUGCGACACCUUUUUACUUAUUGUCUAAAACAUAAACAGU